CACCGGUGUAAGCGGGGCCGCGCAGCGCCGAGCCCGGCCCGGGUGAGGCGCCGCCGGCCGCAGCCUCAGGCCGAGGAGGAGCCCCGCGCUCCAGCGCCCCCGGCAGAGCAGGGCCCGCCGUGGGCCGCCCGCGGGCCGGCGGCAGCCCGGACCCGUUUCCCUGAGGCACCUCCGGGCCCUGCCAGCCGCGGCAGCGGGCGGGCGGCCGGGCAGGCCGCGGCGGAGGAUGAAGCAGGUAGAGGCGGAGGGGGGGGGCGGCGGCGCGGCUCCCCUGGUCGUCCCCCCCCGCUGACGGGCUCCCCGCCGCAGGCGCUGGUGGACGACACCGAGGAUGUGUCCCUCGACUUCGGGAGCGAGGAGGAGCUGGCGCUGCGGGGAGCAAAGAUCAGGCACCCACUGGCCACCUUUUUCCACCUGUUUUUCCGAAACGUGACAGGAAGACUCUUGGUUGGUUUGCAUUGGUGGAACCAGAUUGAUGAAGAUGGAAAAAGCCACUGGAUAUUUGAAGCAAGAAGGGUGCCUACAAUAGCUGCCUCAACUGAAGCUGAAGCUCGAAUCUUUUGGCUUGGUCUCAUUAUCUGUCCGGUUAUUUGGACAGUGUUUUUCUUUAGCACCUUGUUCUCCUUGAAGCUGAAAUGGCUGGCUCUUGUGAUAGCUGGGAUCUCCCUUCAGACUGCUAAUUUAUAUGGCUACAUACACUGCAAAUUAGGGGGACAAAGAAGCGUCAGCAGAGCUACUUCGAGGAUUUUUGUCACAGCAGAUGUUCCUAAGAGACAGAAAAGGAGAAUCUCAGAAGACUGCACUGAAGAACAUGGGAAGACAGGUGCUAGAUAAUCAAAUAAGGAAGAAGUACAAGGAUGAGCAGUAAAAAUACUCAUUUAUGAAAGCUGUUCUUCAUAUGAAAGUAGUGAAGUAAAGCUCUUCUAGAAUUACACCUGCAUGAAAUAAUAAGGAUUUUAUUUGUGUUUGAGUCUGUAGAUUCUGAAAGGUUCAGUGUCUUUGUUACUUAGUUAAAAGUUUCAUCAAAAAGCAGAUUGUAUAGGCACAAAACCAAUGCUUGUGGUUUAUACAGAGCACACUUUAAGAAAAAAAAUAAAUCUGUCAGCUAACCUGAAA